AACGUUUUUUAUGCAGAAAUGUUUUUUAAUAUUUUUUUCUUUUACAUAGAUUUUAAUCUAGGAACAGAAUUAAUAAGUUAAAAUUUAUGUGUUUAAAAAAUAAAAAAUUAAAAUUAAAUAUUUAAUUAUUUAAAAUUAACUGAUUUAAGAAAAAGUUAUUAACUUCUUUACUUUAUAAUUAAUUUUUAACUUUUAACUAUAUAGUCACUACCUAAUUCUUAAAAUAAUAAAUAUUAAACACUUACUUUGAUUUAUGAGUGCACUUGACUAUGCAGGCUGUUUUAUGAUUUACGUAAUUUUCAUUCGAUUAUUGAUCAGCUUCGUAGAAAUAUUUAUUAUUUCUUUUAAGAACAGAUUUUUAUCGCGCAAACGUUUGUUGGUUUUCUUUUUGACUAAGUUAAUUUUUCUUUAUUACUUUAUUCAAAUUAUUUUUAUAAAAACUAAAUGGUGGCAGUAUUAAAUUAGCCAUAAUAAUUACUUUUUUGGACUUUAAAAGUACUAACAACAAUGCUUUUAUUACUUCAAAUGAGUACUAAUUACUAGCCAACACUGUGCUAUUACAUUUUUAUGUGAUUUUAUUUUUUUAUUCAAAUUUUCUUGUAAUUUGUUAUACAAUUAAACAUCAACAUUAUGUUUAAUGGAAAUGUUUAAUAAUAUUUUUAACAACACACAGAUGCAAUACAUUAUACAUAUUAUAAGCUUCUUUAUAUAAUUAUAAUAUCUAAUUGAUGAAAUUAUAAUAUUUCAUGACAUUUUUAUAAAAUUUCUAAUGAAAGUCAUUAUUUUGAUAAUUUUACAAUAUUAUUGUAAAAUCUUGUGGAAAAAAAUUUUGCAGAAAAAUACACCCAAAAAAUGUUCUGUUGAUGUAGAUUUCUCGAUGUUACAACCAAAUGUAUCCCUAAUUUUUAAAUCUGCUAGAAUUUUGGCUGACACGUACAGUGCAUAAAUUCUGUUUCUAUCUGUUAGAUUCAUUGUGAUAAACAAUACAUGUGCAUAUUACAAUAUUUACUAAUCUACCUCAGUCAAUUUUACACAAAUACAAUUUUUGUUACUGUAGUUGCGAGAUUAUUUUUUGAGUGUAAGAAUUAUAGCUUAAGUAGAAAAUAUUUAAAAUAUUUAAAGAAAAUAUUUAAAAAUAUAUGUUUAAUUAAACAAAAAAUUAACUUAAUAAUAGGAUGUGAUCUGUAUAAUUAAUUAAAUAUUUUUAAUACAAAUCUAAAUAAAGAGGUACUUUUUGAAGAUAUGUUUAAUUAAUAAAACUUUAUUUUAUUUUUCCAAAUCUAGUAUUUUUUGUAUGUAUACUAUGUGACUAGAAUGUCAAUCAGUUAUAUUUACAUGACUGAGUUUAUUACAAAAAAUUGCAAUAAUUUUAUAUAUUUACGUAAAUAUGGUCAUUACAUAAUGAUCUUAUGAUCUAAGCCGAUAGGGGCCAAAGAGGCGAUGAUUAAAGGAUACACUGCUCUAUUAUGCGUCGAACACUGCUCUUUAUUAAAUGCUAUAACUUUGUUAAUUUGCGAACCUGGCAAAAUUCUUUUGUAAACAUAUUGCAUAUAUCAUAUACUUGCGAAAUGUGCCAAGAAAAAAAUUAUUUUUUUUACCCGCUACACUAGAAUACCUUCUUAAUUUGUUGCUGUGAUUAGUAGGCUAGCUAAGCAGAACAACAAAUCACUACAAUAUAUAAAUGAGCCAUGAUUAUGAUUCUUUGUUCUGUUUGUUACUACUGCACGUGAUGGAUUUAAAAAUAUUUCAGUUGCAAAAAAUUGACGUGAACUUUACAGAAUUCUUUUAGAAUUGUAUUUGAAAUGUGAAAGAUUGGAAAUUUUCUGAAACUCUUUUUGUAACAAUUGAUACCGUAUAGGAAUCAUAAUUCUAACGUGAUAAAAUUUUGGCCUGUUAUUUUCUUUCACAUUUUGUUAUUAUGCACAUCCGUCACUUAGAGCUUCAAAUCGCUCUAUUAUGUGUUUUAUUACAAGGUUACAAUGUAAUCACAAUUGAAAAAAAUUCUAUUAUAGUCUAUGAAUAAUACACAGGUGAAGAUCAAAUUUUUAUUAGCAGUAAUUAUAUUCGUUCUAUUAGUAUACUUUAUGUGAAUCUUCUUCUAAUUAAGAAUAACUGUAUUAUAUUUUUAAAUAGUACGAAAAAUUAAAAAAUUCCCGGAUUAUUUGAUUACGUUUAAACGUUUAUAUGUUUAAAGUCUACUAUACAAAAUGUGCAAAGUUAUAUAAUAAAUAUAAUUACGUAAUCAUAUAAAAUUAUUAAUAAUUCUGUAAUUGUCAAAACUGUUUUCUUGUUGAAAGUGUUGCCAAUUUUUUAAAAUUUAAACGUAUAUGUGAGAAAACUAUAUUCUUUAAAUUAAAUUAUUAAUAAUUAUACUUUUUAUGCAAGUUACGAUAUUCACUGUAUGCAUUUGAAUCAAUUAACAUUGCGCAAUACUGAUGAGAUGUAUCGUCACAAUAACACCGAGAAGCGUAUCUCCCCUCCAAUCUUUUCCUUCAUGAUAAAAUGCGUACUAUGUGCCUACAUACGUCAUAACGUUUCACGCCGUGUCCGACGAAGCAGCUUAUUUUUCGCGAUGGAUUCGUCAUGGACCUUUGUGCUACUAUUGAUUACAUUGGCCGUCAUUGGGGUUUUGAAAAUUAUCGGUGUGCUGCAUAAUACAUUUUUUCACUGGAAGAAUAAGGGCCUACCUUACAUUCCAGAUUCACUUUCGUCUUUUUUAGUAAGUUGGAAAGUGUUUGCGGGUUACAUCACUUUCCCCGACUUUUGCCAAUAUAUGUACAAAUACUUUCCAAACGUUAAAUAUAAUGGAACACUGGAUUUCUUCACGCCUGCCGUACUUCUGCGCGAUCCCGAUUUGAUUAGAGAAAUUAUAGUGAAGGAUUUCGAACAUUUCACGGAUCACCGUACUUUCGUUGAUGAAACCGUAGAGCCAUUGUUUGGCAAGAAUGUUUUCUCCUUGCGCGGAGAUCGUUGGAAAGAAAUGAGAACUAUACUGAGCCCCUCUUUCACCGCCAGCAAAAUGAAGUUUAUGUUCGAAUUGAUAUCAAAAUGUUCCCAUGAUUUUGUCAAUUACUUAGUCGAUCAUCCGGAACUCUGUCAUGCGAUGGAAACAAAGGCAGCCUUUCGACGAUAUACCACUGAUGUAAUUGCCACGGUCGCCUUUGGCAUAAGUGUGAAUUCUAUGAAAGAUCAAGACAACGAGUUCUAUCUGAGAGGAGUGGAGGCUACCAAAUUUUCUACUGGAAUACUAGCAACGGCUAAGAUCAUAUUUCUACGCUCGUGUCCAUGGCUUGCUAAAUCACUUGGCAUGUCUUUUUUCCCAGAGGCUACGUUAAAGUUUUUCAUGAAGAUCGUAGGGGAAACCGUUAAAGCGCGAGACGAGCAAGGUAUCGUCAGACCUGAUAUGAUUCAUUUGCUACUGCAGGCUCGUGACAAGGAAAGUGCGCACAAAAUGACAUUGCUCGACAUCGUUUCGCAAGCUUUCAUCUUUUUCUUUGCCGGUUUUGAAACCUCAUCGACCUUGAUGUGUUUCGUCGCUCACGAACUAGCGGUUCAUCAAGAUAUUCAAGAUCGUCUACGCGAGGAGGUACAGCAGUAUCUUGCCGAAGGAAACGGGGAAAUAACUUACGAAUCGCUGUCAAAGAUGACUUACAUGGACAUGGUGGUUUCCGAGGCUCUUAGAAAGUACCCACCAGUGGUCUUCACGGAUAGACUUUGCACUAAGAAAUACGAACUGCCUCCGGCGCAACCAGGCUGCAAGAACGUGAUCGUCGAACCUGACACUGUAAUGAUGUUACCGGUUUACGCAUUACAUCAUGACCCGAAAUACUUUCCAAACCCGAAUAAAUUUGAUCCCGAACGAUUCAGCGAGGAGAAUAAAGACAAUAUUGUACCAUAUACUUAUCUGCCAUUCGGUGAAGGACCCCGAAAGUGUAUUGGUAAUCGAUUUGCUCUUAUGGAGGCUAAGAUUCUAAUAGCUCGUCUUUUACAAAAGUUUACUUUGAAGACUACGGAAAAAACCGUCGAACCAAUUGUAUACAGUAAGAGGGAGUUUUCAUUACAACCUAGUGGCGGAUUCUGGAUUGGUUUGGAGAAGAGGGACACGUGAAAACAUUGUAUAAAAGACAAUAUUCUACAAUGUACUUAGUUGCGUUCGGAAUAAUAUUAUUGUACAUUUAUAUUUUUCAAACAUUUAAAGAUUUAAAAAAUAAAUUAAACAAUAAGAUUUGUUUGCAAUGUA